AUGGGAAAUAAGACGAGUGUUUUUUAUAGUCAUAAUAAGUAACUAGUUAGAAUGCUGUGAUGUGCUUGAAUUGAAAUUGAAUUUUGAGAGUAUUUAUUAUCCUCUUGUGAUUUGACUAACUGGUGGUGAUAAUAUCUUCCAUGCAUAUCUCUCGUAUUUUCAUUGAGUCAUUUUUGUUGCUGCAUAUGUUGGGAAUAAUCCUGAAUAAUCCCCACCUUUUCACUUUAUUCUCCCUAGUACUAAGGUUUGCAAGAUGUCUAAUGGAGGAGAAUGGUGGCGUCCAACCAGUUUACCGCCUAGUGGAUAUCGACAAAAAUCCAAUGAGGCGUCAGAAGGCAAUGCCUCAUAUUAUCCAUUUAGCACUGAGUUGGGCUAUAGAGUAUUUAAACGAUUACUUGAAAUAGAACGUGCAACUGAUACACAACAAGAAAAUAAUCAAGUUUAUAAAGUGAAAACAGUGAAACAAAUCGAUAGUGACAGUAAUCAUUUCUAUUUGAAAGGAUCAUGUUCACAAAAUCCUACGGUGAAAGAAGAAGAUAAAUGUGUACCAUUCUAUCGAUCUGAUGUUGAUGAUAGACUUGUUCAAUCAAACUAUCAGUCAACUCCGUGGUCCAAUGAAACAAUAUCAGAAGAGUUUCAUCUGCAUUUACGAUGUGAUAUCGAUUUCGACGACUUUGAGUGUUAA